CGCGUCACAAUGACACACCGCAGCAGUCGUUGAGCCGCCAUGACUCACCCACGCGAGACCACAACACAGACACAGACGACGUGAGCCGUGCCAGCAGACACAAAGACACACACAGACAGGCCAUUGCUCCUCACUCACUCUGCCCCUCUUCUCUGCAUGUGUGUGUGUGUGAUGCAGUAUCCGCCGAUUGAGUUGACGAGUGACGAGGAUGACAGCUACAUGUACCCGCCCCUGCCGCCCGGACCGCCGUCGACCCGGCGCGCAGGUCGACUGGGCCGCAACACUCGUCCGUGAGCGGGAGCAGCAGGAGGAGCGCGAGCAGCAGGCGCAGCAGACCAUCAUGCCCGCGCCGCGCAUGAAGGUGGGCGUCGUCAAGGAGACCGCGACCAAAAUGGUGGCCAUCGGUAUGUAAGCAUGCCUGCCAGACAAACAGAGAGAACGAACGAGGGGAGGGGAAGGAUAUGUCGUGUGUCAAUGUGCGCAUGCUGUGUGUUGGUGUGUGCGUGCAGUUCCCAAGUCCGUGCCGCAGUUGCGUCGGAUGGGGUUCGAGGUCGUCGUCGAGACGAGUGCGGGGGAGUCGGCAGGGUUCAGCGACAGCGACUACAUGCUCUGGGGCGCGCAAGUGGCGUCCAAGCAGCACACGAUCCAACAGGCAGACAUCAUCGCCAAG